CAUAUCUUUCUGAGAGUGCACAGGACUGAAAUUAUCUGCAGAAUGGCACUUCCUAAUUUGACAGUCUCAGCGAACCACAGUGUGGGGGAAGAAGACUUCUACAGACCCUUUUCUAUUUUCAGUGUUUUAAUAUUGACGUUGCUUGCCAUGCUCGCUAUUGCCACCUUUGUAUGGAAUGUGCUGGUGCUUGUGACGAUCUUCAGGGUGAGAACUUUUCACCGUGUGCCCCACAACCUGGUUGCUUCUAUGGCUAUCUCUGAUGUAAUGGUUGCAGCACUUGUGAUGCCUCUCAGUUUGGUGCAUGAACUCAAUGGUCGGCACUGGAGACUGGGGAGGGUGCUUUGCCAAGUCUGGAUAUCAUUUGAUGUCCUCUGCUGCACAGCAAGCAUCUGGAAUGUUACAGCCAUUGCCUUGGACCGCUACUGGUCAAUCACCAGACACUUAGAAUACACACUGAAAACCAGGAAAAGAAUUUCAAACAUCAUGAUUCUUAUAACAUGGCUUUUGUCUGCAGUAAUCUCCCUUUCCCCAUUGUUUGGCUGGGGGGAGACAUACUCAGAAGAUGAAGAGCAGUGCCAAGUGAGCCAAGAGCCCUCAUACACCAUCUUUUCAACAUGUGGAGCCUUUUAUGUUCCCCUGUGUGUCGUCCUGUUUGUGUAUUGGAAGAUUUAUAAAGCUGCCAAAUUCAGAAUUGGAUCCCGUAACAAAAAUACUAUAACACCCAUGGCUGACGUUGUGCAGGUAAAAGAAGCCUCCCAUCACCCACAGAGGGUGUUCACAGUGCGACACGCCACAGUCACUUUCCAGACGGACGGGGAUACUUGGAGAGAGCAGAAGGAGAAGAAAGCUGCCUUGAUGGUGGGAAUCCUCAUAGGGGUGUUCGUUCUUUGCUGGAUCCCUUUCUUCAUCACAGAACUCAUUAACCCUCUGUGUUCCUGUGACAUCCCUCCUAUUUGGAAAAGCAUUUUCCUGUGGCUUGGCUACUCCAACUCGUUUUUUAAUCCGCUGAUCUACACAGCCUUUAACAAAAACUACAACAACGCCUUUAGAAAUUUGUUUUCUUGCCAGCGGUGA